GGCGGCAGUGCUCCGCGCUCGGCGCCGCUCCCCCCCGCCCGCUGCCGCGAAGCCCGGAGGAGGCGGAUGCAAUUCCCCGGCUGCCCCUGGCUCCUCGGCGGGGCGGCGGGGCCCGGCCCGCAGCGCGCAGGCACCGACAGCGGCCCCGGCCCCGGCCCCGGUACCGGCCCCGGCCCCGGCGCGGCGGCGGGCGGCAGCGCGGCCCCGUUCCGCUCCGCGCUCUCCCCGCCGCGGCCCGGCCCCAGCCGCCGGGGCCCGGCCCAGCACCGCGGGGCCAUGGCCGAGUGGGCGCCUGCCCAGGUGCAGGAGUGGAACGUGGAGGCCCCCCACCUGAUGCCGCUGCAGCCGCCGCUGCUGCCGGAGCGGGCGCACGUGCGGGAGGCGCAGCUCCACUCCGCUGAGGCCUCGCUCUGGACCGUGGUGGCCACGGUGCAGGCGAUGGAGAGGAAGAUCGACCUCCUCGCCACCCGCCUGCUCAGCCUGGAGGGUCGGUCCGGCACGGCCGAGAAGAAGCUUCUGGACUGCGAGAAGACAGCUAUGGAGUUCGGGAACCAGCUGGAGAGCAAGUGGGCCGUGCUGGGCACCCUCAUCCAGGAGUACGGGCUGCUCCAGCGGCGCCUGGAGAACGUGGAGAACCUGCUGAAGAACAGGAACUUCUGGGUGCUGCGGCUGCCCCCCGGCCCCCGGGGCGAGGUCCCCAAGGUGCCGGUGACGUUUGUUGACAUUGCCGUCUACUUCUCGGCAGAGGAGUGGAAGAAUUUGGAGGAGUGGCAGAAAGAGCUGUACAAUAACCUGGUGAAGGAGAACUAUGAGUCUUUGAUCUCCCUGGACGGUGCCCUCUCCAGAAGCGAGGCGCAGCCCCGCAGCGAGCGUGGGGAGGGACCCUGCGUCCCCGAGCAGAGGGAGCUGGAGCAGAGGGAGCUGCCGCCGGAUGCCUGCGCAGAGUCGCUGAUCUCCACCUCCGACAUCCUGUCCCGGAUCAAGCAGGAGGUGGCCUUCGUCGGGGAGCAGCAGUUCGCGGAGGAGCGGGGGAUGCCGGCGGACCCCUGCGCAGGCGCGGACGCCCUGAUCACGGCGCACGACUUCUUGUCGUGGAUCAAGCAGGAGGAAGAGCCCUGCGUCCGCGAGCCCUGGGAGCUGCCGGAGAGGGAGAUGCUGACGGGUCCCGGUCCCGGUCCCGGUGAGCACCCAGGCUGGCCUGUGGCUCGGGGAUGUCCCCAGUGUCCCCGGCAGGCACUGACCAGAGCCUUUCCCUCCCCUGCAGCCGGCGAGGGGCUGCUGGUGAAGACGGAGGAGCGGUGCCCCCAUGCCGAGCCCCCCGAGGAGGUGGGCUUGCCGGGCGGCUCCGGGGAGCUGCUCUUCCCCGGCGCGGGCUUCGGGAACCCCGAGGGACAGGCAGCGGUGACAACAGCGGCGGCGGUGGCUCUGCCGGCACAGCACAGACUGGGCAAAGCUCCAGGCUCAGAGCCGGGGCCGGGGGCUGAGGCGGCGGGGAUCCCCACCGCGACGCCGGGACCCGCCGAGGAGCGGCCGCACGGCUGUGCCGAGUGCGGGAAGAGCUUCAGCGGGAAGAAGAGCCUGCGGAUCCACCAGCGGAGCCACGCGGCCGAGCGCCCCUACCCCUGCGCCGAGUGCGGCAAGAGCUUCAACUGCCACUCGGGGCUGGUGCGGCACCAGAUGAUCCACCGCGGCGAGCGGCCCUACAAGUGCGCCGAGUGCGGCAAGUGCUACAGCCGCAAGGAGCACCUGCAGAACCACCAGCGGCUGCACACGGGCGAGCGGCCCUUCGCCUGCGCCGCCUGCGGCAAGAGCUUCAUCCGCAAGCAGAACCUGCUCAAGCACCAGCGCAUCCACACCGGCGAACGGCCCUACCAGUGCCCGGCCUGCGGCCGCAGCUUCCGCUACAAGGAAUCCCUCAAGGAUCACCAGCGGGUCCACGGGGCCGAGGCGGGACCCCCCCCGCUGCCCCCCCCGCUCGUAGAAGGCCUGGAAGAGGUCCGGCGAGGUGGCCCGGCACUCCAGGUACCGCCGCAGCGUGGCCAGGCUCUCCCAGACCUCCCGCUCCGAGGGGCAGGGCUGCACCGCCGCCGGCUCUCCCACAUCCUCGCCCUCCGCCGUCCCCUCAUCCCCAUCCGCCUCUGCCGGCUCCCCGUUGCGCUCCGGCUCCUCGUCCAUCAGCGCGCGGCGCUCCAGCUGCUCCUGGCUGAGCGGGCCGGGCGCCGGGGCCGGGGCCUCGGCAUCGGGGCUGAAGCCGGCGGCACGGAAGCAGCUAGCGAUGAGCCCCGGGUGCACGUCGCCCCAGGCUUGCGCCAGCAUGUGCAGGGCAUCCAGGAGGGUCGGCUGCCCCGCGCCGCGCUCCGUCGGCAGCCACCUCAACAACCGGCGCCGGUAGUGGCCCUUGAGGUCGCUGGCAAUGCCACGGUCCAGGGGUUGGGCCAGGGCGGUGGCCGGCGGGACGAAGACCAUCCUGACGUUGGAAAGCUGGAGGUAGGGGUGCGCCUCAUGCUUGGUGAGGAGGAGGAGGACGCUCUUCCCCUGCCGUCGCAUGCCCUCGUUGAACUCCCGCAGCCAUUCGGCGAAGAGGGGGGCGGUCACGCUGGCCAGGCUGCCGGCGCGGUAGCUCCAGGGCAUCUGCCCCAGGUUGAUGCCCCGCAAGCAGCGGGGCCGGGGGCUCUCCCCCACCGCCGCAGCGGGGCCUUCUCCGAGCCGUCGGCAUUGGCGCAGAGCAGGAGCGUCAGCCGGUCGCCGGCGCUCUCGCCCUUGCCGGAGGAGCCGGCUGGGAGGAGGACCCCCGUCUCCCCGCAGGCGGCCAUGGCCGACUGGGCCCCCGCUCAGGACCUGGAGUGGGACAUGGAGUCCCAGGAGCUGGCCCUGGAGCAGCCCCUGCCCGCCCCCGAGCAGGGCCCCGCCGGCGAGGCCGAGCUGCCGGCCGCCGAGAUCUCCCUGACGCUGGUCACCGAGAUCCAGGCCGUGGACAGGAAAGUGGACGCCCAGGCCGCCCAGCUGAUGAACCUGGAGGGGAGGAUGAGGAUGGCGGAAACCAAGCUGAUCGGUUGCGAGAAGACGGCGGUGGAGUUCGGGAACCAGCUGGAGAGCAAGUGGACCGCGCUGGGCACCCUCAUCCAGGAGUACGGGCAGCUGCAGAAGAGGCUGGAGAACAUGGAGAACCUGCUGAAGAACAGGAACUUCUGGAUCCUGCGGCUGCCCCCGGGGGCGAAGGGGGAAGUCCCCAAGGUCCCCGUGGCGUUCAACGACGCUUCGUUUAAUUUCUCGGAGGAGGAGUGGAAGAGCUUGAACGAGUGGCAGAAGGAGCUUUACAGGCAUAUCAUGAAAGGCAACUACGAGGCCGUCAUCUCGAUGGAUGCUGCCAUUUCAAAGCCUGACCUCCUGUCACGGAUUGAGCAAGGAGAGGAUCCCAACGCGGAGGAUCAGGAUGACUCUGAGGGAGGAGAAACCCCUACAGACCCCAGCACCGAGUUUUCCUUUCCUGGUCCCGAUGACAGCUCGUGGAGUAAAUACGAAGAGACUCUGGCUGAAAGCCACGAGGGCUCUGAAGAAGAGGAAAGCAUGGAGGUCCCUAGUACAUAUGAACAGCAGUGUGAUGAGGAAGGUCCCGAAAGCCUUGAGCUCCCUAGCUCAUUGGCAGGAAAGUGGGAAGAGGUUUUCUCAAGCCCAGAGGAAGAGGUAAAGCCAAGCAGCAAGAGCCGGAGCGGAUCGACCCCGCAGCAGAGAACCGCAACGGGCAACGGGCUGAGGCGCUCCGCUCGCCGCGGGAGAGACUUGGCCAAGAAGGACGCUCCUGAGGACGCGGCCGCAGUAGAGGGGCCGUACAUCUGCUGCGAGUGUGGGGAGAGCUUCCUGGACAAGCAGCUCUUCGCCACCCAUCAGAAAGCGCACGCCAGCGAGGAAGCCUGCACUUCCCUGGAGCACGGAGAAAGCUUCAGGCAGAAAUCCAAAACAACCCCUACGAAAACCCAAGGGCCCUCCCGCUCCAAACCGUCCAAGCGCCCCGAUGGGGAGAAGAGCUCUGGUUUCAAGUACGGCUUUGUCAGGCACCAGGUGAACAACAUGGUGGAGAGACCGUACACCUGCUCCCAGUGCAAGGAGAGCUUCAGCCUGGAAGUGAGCCUUAUCUUGCACCAGAAGCUCCAUACGGGGAAGGGCGACGGGCCGCUGACGUGCACCUACUGCGGGAAGGACUUCCGAGACCUCUCCAAAGCCAUCCGCCAUCAGCGCAUCCACACCGGGGAGAGGCCGUACCAGUGCACCGAGUGCGGGAAGAGCUUCAUCCGGCGGGACCACCUGCUCAAGCACUGGCGGGUCCACACCGGGGAGACCCCCUACCAGUGUCCCGUCUGCGGGAAGCACUUCCGCUACAAAGAGUCUCUGAAUUGUCACCAGAAAAUCCACUCGCGCAACCCCCGGCCCAUGGAGGAUUCGCAGCACAACCUGGAGUCGGCAACUCAAACCGGCCAUUUCUGCGUGAAAAAAGAAACUAAGCAUGUUUCCAUUCUGAAGCCCGUGUCGGGAGCGAGCGGGCGCUGGAUCCUCCCGGCCGCGGCCCCCGGGGCCCCGGGCAGGGAACAAAGGGCCAUGGCCGAGGGGGCUCCCGCUCAGGUGCCGGAGCCGGUGCUGCAGCCGCGCUGCCCCUCGCCCCUCCGGCCGCCGGCCGGCCCCGAGCGUACCUCGGAGCGGGAGACGCAGACGGCCGAGCUGUCCCUGACGGUGGUGGCGGCCGUGCAGGCGGUGGAGAGGAAAGUGGACUCCCACUCCACCCGCCUGCUCGACCUGGAGGGUCGGACGGGGAUGGCGGAGAAGAAGCUGAUCGACUGCGAGAAGACGGCGGCGGAGCUGGGGAACCAGCUGGAGAGCAAGUGCGCGGCGCUGGGCACCCUCAUCCAGGAGUACGGGCUGCUCCAGCGGCGCCUGGAGAACAUGGAGAACCUGCUGAAGAACAGGAACUUCUGGAUCCUGCGGCUGCCGCCGGGCAGGAAGGGGGAAGUCCCCAAGGUGCCGGUGACGUUUGACGACGUGUCCGUCUAUUUCAACGACAAGGAGUGGGAGAAGCUGGAGGAGUGGCAGAAGGAGCUGUACAAGAACGUGAUGAAGGGGAACUAUGAGUCGCUGAUCUCCCUGGACUAUGCAAUUUCCAAACCUGGUGUUUUGUCUCAGAUCGAGCAAGGAGAGGAAUCGCGGGUCAGGAACGAGCAGGACUUGGAGGAGAGUGAGAUCAUUACUGAUGCCACCGCAGCUGGUAUAAGGGUUGUGAUCAAAACGGAGGAGCUCCUUCCUGAAGACAGCCCCGAAAACCCCGAGCUGCACGGGAUGUCGGGGCAGUCGGAGGGGAGCUUCCAGAGUCCGGACGAGGAGGCAGCCUGCGAGAGCCCCUACGGCUCCGUCUCCCCUCCAAGGGACCUCCCGGGAACCAGCCUGGGUGACUCGUCCGAAUAUGUAGCUGACUUCAACGAGAUCCAGAGAGUCAUCGUUCACCACGGGAGCUGCACAGAGGACGGGAUCGUGAUCAAGACAGAGGAGGAGGAGGAGGACGACCCCGACACCCUGGAGCCGUGUGCCAUGUUCUCGGGCAGGACCGAGCCGCCGGCGUUCCCCAGCCACGAGGCCGGGCUGGGCUGCGAGGCGCAGUGCAGCUCCAAAACGCAGCCCAGGAGCCUGGCGGCCGCCCGCGUGGGGAAGCCCCCCGCCUGCGAGAGAGACUCCGGGGAGAUGAAGCCGGCCAUCGCCCAGCAGCGGAACCGGACGAGGGAGAGACCCUACAUCUGCCCCGAGUGCGGGAAGAGCUUCAUGCUCAAGAUCAACUUCAUGAUCCACCAGCGCAACCACCUCAAGGAAGGGCCCUACGAGUGCCACGACUGCGACCUCAGCUUCCGCAACAAGCAGCAGUUCCUGCUGCACCAGCGCAGCCACACGCGCCGGGGCGUGGGGGUCCCCCGGCGCCCCGAGCACGGCCUCAAGCCCCAGCCGCGGCCCCCGCCUCCGGGGAAGCCCUACAAGUGCUCCGAGUGCGAGAGUAGCUUCAGCCACAAGUCGAGCCUCAGCAAACACCAGAUCACUCACGUCGGGGAGCGGCCUUUCACCUGCGGCGAGUGCCGGAGGAGCUUCCGCUUGCAGAUCAGCCUCAUCAUGCACCAGAGGAUCCACGCCGGCAAGAGCGAGAUGGCCUUCCUCUGCCCCCAGUGCGGGAAGAACUUCACCCGGCCCUCCCACCUCCUGCGGCACCAGCGGACUCACACCGGCGAGCGGCCCUACCAGUGCAGCCAGUGCGAGAAGACCUUCAGCGAGAAGUCCAAGCUCACCAACCAUUACCGCAUCCACACCCGGGAGCGCCCGCACGCCUGCGCCGUCUGCGGGAAGGGUUUCAUCCGCAAGCACCAUCUCCUGGAGCACCAACGCAUCCACACGGGCGAGCGGCCCUACCACUGCACCGAGUGCGGCAAGAACUUCACCCAGAAGCAUCACCUCCUGGAGCACCAGCGGGCGCACACCGGCGAGCGGCCCUACCCCUGCACCGAGUGCACCAAGUGCUUCCGCUACAAGCAGUCCCUCAAGUACCACCUGAGGACGCACAUGGGAGAGUGAGGGGCUGCCGACGGCUUCCUCUCCCUCCCCUCCCUCCCUCCAUCCAUCCCUCCAGCCCUCCUCCUCCUCCUCCUCCUCCUCCUCCUCCUCCUCGUCCGCUCAUCUUUUCCCACUCUCCCUUCAUCCCCCCCACCCCCGGCUCAGGGCAUGGACAUCAAGGAAGCUUUGUGUGGUAGCGCCGCUGGUCUGGUGGAGACAGCUAGGCUGAUUGGAAAUAAAUUAAUUAAUUAAAGCAAGCAACGCGCGGCAAAAUUAAAAGAUUAUAUAUAUAUAAAAUUAACAGAAGCAGCUGAUUUAGGGGAAAUCCUCACCAUCAGAAAAAAGCAAACAAACCAACAACAAAAGAAACCUGUACAGGGUGUUUUGCCGGAGUAGGACUCUUAACUGCUUUUUAAAUCUACUGUUUGGUUUUUUUAAUAAAUGUGGAGGAACUUUUUAUUUGAUAAGCAAACUUAGGAUC